GCAAAGAACGCUUAGGAAAUGCGAUGUUUUAUUCAAAACAGGUUUUUGAUGAUGAAAAUGAUGAUAAUAACACAGUGGAAGCUCAUUAUUUAGUCGAAGAAUUUAUGAUUCUCACUAACUUUUCAGUCGGAAAAAUUUUGUAUGAACAUUUUCCCGAUUGUGUUCCUGUCAGAUAUCAACCACCACCUUCUGAAGAAAACAUGCAAGAAUUUCUGACAAAAAACGAUAUAUAUGUUGAUGUAGUUACGCACUUGCAGGAUAAGUGCUUAGGUGGCAAAGUCCGUGGUCUUCAUACACUUUUGUCGAUGGAAAGGGAUGCGCUAGAGGGAAAGUACGUGGUCGUUCCCAAACAGGUGCGACAAAGGAUUACAGAUCCCACCGUAAGUCCUAAACAAGUGCUCACGUGUGAUCAUUUGUUUCCCAUUCAGUAUGUUGUUAAUAUGCAUUGGGUUUGCAUUCAAGAAAUGGCUGGUUAUGUCUGCUGUACUGGAAAAACUUCUGAUUCUACUGAUGGUAAGCAUUACGACCUAGAUGUCUUCCCAUAUGUUCACUUCACUUCACCAAUACGACGCUACAUUGACUUGGUUGUACAUAGGCUUCUGUGGGCAUAUCUUCAUCAGAAACCGUGUCCUUACAAAAGACAUGAAAUACAUUCAUUAUGCAUUGAUUUGUCUUCAAAGCAUAAGCGUGCACACGAAUAUAGACGAAAUUGCAUUCUCUUAAAGAAAGCUUUAGAACUGCAAAAAUAUCAACAGAUGAUACCGUGUUUUGUUGAGGAUGUAUCCACAAGUGGAAUUACUUUUUGCAACCCAGCAUUGAACAACGUGAUGAGAAAGGAUAGGACAUUAGAAUUCAAUCUUUUGGAAAUGGGUCACAAACCUGAACUUAUGCAGGGCACAUCAGGGCAGUAUAUCAAUGCGACAUGGAGAAAGCGAUUGUACGACAGCAAAGGGAUGGCAUUCCAAUAUCUGAAAGGUUCAGGGAAAGUGGACUGUCUACGGCUGAAUUCAAACAAAAACGCCGUACUUAUACCGAUUUGUACAUGGGCACACAUGUUGAAAUCUGCAAUUAACGACCAUAAUGCCGAUUUUCAAAGACAUCUACAUGCCUUUCAACAUCGUUCACCUGAUUUUCCAGGGUAUGAUGAUGUCAGCACUGAAAGCAUUGAAUUGAAGGAAUUGAAACCUUGCACAAAGUUUUCAGUCGAAUUUAGACGGGGUCAGGUCAUUACUAUUCAAAUGUCUGCUGGACCAUUACGUGGCAUUAUGGUUCCAAAGCCCGUGUGUUUAAAAUUGACUGAUACUAUUUCAUUUUGUUUGUUGCAUACAGAAGAUCCCGUGUUGCACCUGUCUAACUAUUCCAAUCAGGCAGUAUCGAAAUCUUUCCGUAAUGCGACACAGUAUGUAAAUGAAUGGCUACCGCUCAUUCUAAUGGAAUCUGCCGCCAACAUAGUGGGUUGCUCAAAUGAUAAUGUCAGCAUUAAUAAUGUCAACAUUAACUUUACAUCGGGUACUACCGGAAAAUUCGUUCUUUCGAUCCAACACUGUGAAGAACGAAAUAUAGAACUGUCCGGUAUACAAAGGGACGAGUCUGACAAAGACGAAGCCUUAAUUAAACAGUCGUGCGAUUGGCUUUGUCUGAAAGUACCUCUUCAAAGAGGCACAGCCACUACCCAUGACGUCAAUUACAAUUAUUGGAUUGGUCACGGAGUUAUCACUGAUAUUAAACAAAAAGGAGCACAAAGUGAUAAACUUUUAGUUAAUUUUAAACUGUGUGCAAGAGCUGGGUCGUUUCCUUCUGCGAUAGGUAAUGGCAAUGCGAAAUGCAGUGUAGAAAUACUCAAGAAGUCAUAUGUUGACUGUCGGACGGAAAAAAUCAUACAACAUCUUCAAAGAUCAGAAGAUUUUCUUUCAAAACAGAUAGCCAUUAAACAUCGAAUACCAGAUUUGGAUUCCUGUUACAUAGAUGCCCUAAACGGGUUAACGUUGGAUCUAAGGAAAGCUAUGCUCAAGAAUAACGACAAACAGAAAGAGGCGAUUGAAAGAGCUAUGACAUCACGUUUUACCUUAAUACAGGGACCACCUGGAACAGGUAAAACGCACACUGGCAUCACAUUGAUCUAUCUUUUUGAUAAGAUUAAUGAAAAAAUCAGUACUCAGAGUAACCAGCCGAGAAAAAGCAUAUUGUUUUGUGGACCAUGUAAUAAAUCAGUGGACCAUGUAGCAAGGUGGAUGCUAAAGAAAAUGGGAACUUACUCUCUCAAAUUUGUGAGGGUCUAUGGAAAAUGGAUUGAAGCCAUUGAUUUCCCCAUACCUGGUAAAACUUUUUACCACCCGAAAAACCUAGAGCCAGCGCGUGAUCUUCAAUGUGUUUCUUUGCACCAUCUAAUUCGUGAGGAUGGCAAACCAUUUGCUGAAGAAAUAAAGGAUGUUGACAAACACUUUAAAGAGCAUGAAUAUAUUCCAAUGCCUGCUAAAGUGAAGGAAUACAAAAAAAUGCUACGGAUGGCAUGCCAGGAAGAACUAAAGAAGUACCACAUAAUUCUUUGUACAGCUGAUGUUGCUACAAAUCCAAAUUUGAUUCAAAAUUUAAAUAUUCAACAGCUCAUCAUGGACGAAGCGGGUAGGUGUCCCGAACCAAAAUGCUUGGUUCCCAUUAUUUCUUCAAAGGCUGAACAAGUUGUCCUCAUUGGCGACCACAUGCAGCUGCGACCAAUCAUUAAAUGCAAAGAGGCAGCUGAACUGGGAAUGGACACUUCUCUGUUUGAACGAUAUGCGCGCAUGGGUACAUCCGAGAAACUUGAAAAGAAUGUGAAGUUUACAAUGUUAGAGCAUCAAUAUAGUAUGCAUCCUAGGAUAUGUGACAUUUCAUCAAAGCUGUUUUAUGAGGGCAAGCUUCAAACAAAGCACGACUUCACCAACGACCAGCCGCUUCCGAUAUGGCCACAGCAUGAAUCCCUUGGCUUAAUACCCCAUGUGUUCGUGCACCUUGUAGGCAAUGAAGAAAUGCUUACAGUUUCGACCGAAGACGGCAAUGAAAUGUCAAAUAGUAACGCAGAAGAGGUGGAUUAUGUCGUAAAGUUAUACAAAUAUUUGAUUAAUCAGGCUCCGAGUGAAACCGUUUAUAUCUUAUCACAAUACAACGCUCAAUGCUCGGAAAUAAAACGAAAGUUGCGAGAAAUGAACUUAUAUGAUGACGAUGUCAGCACAGUGGUCUCAAGUCAAGGAGGGGAGUGGGAUUACGUGAUAUUCAGCACUGUAAGAUCCCUGCCUGAGUAUAAAAUUGAGAAGAAACCCACAUUGGGCUGGUGCAAAUACAAUCUGGGUUUUAUCACCGACCGGAACCAAGUCAACGUGGCCAUAACAAGAGCCAGGAAGGGUCUCGUCAUCGUUGGAAACAAGAGUCUUCUCCGAUGUGACAGGACAUGGAGUAAAAUCCUGGACGAAUAUGACCACUACGGAUGCGUUAAAACUCCGGAGGAAUUCCCGCCACCAAACACGAGUUUGACGAGACAGGAAGUCAUGGCCCGUGCGCGGGCGCAAAUUUUCAAACGGAACUUCCAGAUCUAUGAUCGUGGGAAGGCCACAUCAUACGAUGGACCAAUCGAUUAAAUACCUAAAUCACGGUUUCAAAAUCGUAGAGCACGAUGAGGGAUGCGCAGUAAACCGUCUUAGAAUAAGGGAAAACUAUUCUCAAAGAAGAUACUGUCCCCGAUGGUUAAAGAAAAAAUGGAAGAUAGAUGACACAGGUGUUGAUACAUUCAUAUGUGCGGAUUUCAACACAUUUUGUGAAAGCCAACAGGAUGAAUAACUAAUUAUCAAAAAUAUGUUUGAGGUAAUUCUUCUACAUUCUGCAGUCUACAAGUCAGUAAAUUCAUGUUCUUUAUUAUGCAAAAAAGUAUGCGUCUUGUUAUCGAUGCUUAUUUCUAUAAACAGAUUACAGUCCUUCAGACCUAAAACUAUUAUUAGAAUAACUAUAUUCUUCGUCAGAAGAUGACUUUAUGUACAUGUACAUAGUUGUGUAAAAUGUGGAUAAUUUGUUUACAUGACUAAAAUUUAUUAAGCGAUAAAAUUACAAAGCUCAGUGUUUUUAAUAUACUGUAGUCAGAGUUGAUGUGUAUAUCAAACAACCGGUAGUGAACGUUUAAUCUAGAUUCAACUUCAUAGCAGCUACAUGUAUUCAUAUGAAAUAUAAAUUUACGUUAACAUGUUUCGUUUCUUUUCCGCAAAUGUUGCAAAAUCCUUUGUUAGUUAUUCCUUUUUUAUCAAGCAUAACGCGUUUAAAGACAAUCUAGGUAAACAGAAACAAAUCGAUAAUGAAUGUUUCAAAAUGAAACUUCAUACAUAGAUUAAGCAAUACUUUAUGUAUUGCAAAGAGUAAGGCAAUAUUUUUGCUGAUAACAAUUGUUAGACGUGUUUUAAUUGAGGUUAUUAAUAAUAAUUUAGUUCAAAUGUUAGGGUAUUGUUUUUAAAUAUAUUAAUAAUUAAACGCCAUGAACAUUAUCUGGAAAGAUUUUUUGGACAUGAGCCGCUAGUUUUUUGUUUACGGCUUGUGACCAAGUGGAUGCAUAAUAGGAAAUAAUUAUAAUUAACACAACAAAACAAUAAAUAUAGUUAUGUUAACUUUUCAAUUAUAUAUUUUCACACAUGAUUUUAAGAAGUUGAUACACAUUCAUACGGCAUUAUCCUAUGAAAGGUAUUCGUCACUACUGCGACAAGUUCUAGUUUGUGCCCGUUUAUACAGAAUAGUCAGUUAUCAAGUAAAUUAAUUCAGUUAAAUAGGACAAAAGAACCAUUUGUCAAUUCGAAAAUCUGUAAAUAUGGUCCCUGAAUAUGUUUUGCCAUCACGAUGAUUGUCGUUCUUGUUAUUGUUUUUCGGUUGUUUUAUAUCUGUUUAAAUAAAUAAUGGGAUGACUGCAGUUACCAAUAUACUUAGACGGUGCUUCCAUUGACAAGUUUGUCUACUAUAACUUUCAAAUAGACAGUGUUCCGAUGUCAUAUAAACGAUGCCAUAUCAUAUACGCUUUGUCUGCAUAAUUUGCUUAUCCCGCUUAUUACAUUUAUAUGAUAAGGGGACCUGUGGUUAGAAUGUGCUUUUAAUGUGAACAAUAUUUGUGUGUUUCUUAUUAAUCUUCAUUGAUGGUUUUAGUUUUAGUUUUUUCUUAAAAGUAAAACAAUUACAAUUGUGUGUUGUUGUUAGUUUUAUUUGUUCAUUAUGAAAAGUCAAAGAUCACUGUGUUUUAUCUACAUACAUUAUGCACUUCAUACUUGCGUAUUGCAAUAUCUAUGUGAUCUAAUAUAGCCUGCCAAACAAACAUUGUUGACAAUUGUGUUUUCUAUGGCUUCUUUGUUUUCGUAUAUUAGGUAAGUAUGUACUUAUGCAUUAUACAUCUGGAUUGCACCCAAUCAUAAUGAUUAAACAAACACGACAAUUCCUGUUUCACAGUGUGGCGGUAUAGGGAACACAAUUAUAUAUAACGUCUAAGAACGAUUUUUCUAUUUAUUUUUG